AGAAUAAACAACCGCUACAGGAGUGUAUAAAGGAAGGCGGUUGUGAGCCCCAGACGGAGAGAGACGCACAGACACGCAGCACCUGCAGCUGAGAGAGGGAGAGACCCAGCACGACGAUGGCAGUGAGUAAAGUUCAAAGUGUCCUGAUCACUGGAGCCAACAGGGGUUUGGGUUUGGAGAUGGUGAGGCAGCUGGCGGAGUCGUCCGGCCCCGCCCGCCUGGUGUUUGCAACGUGCCGUGACCCCAAUGCCCCAAAGUCAAAGGACUUGCAGGAGCUGGCAAAGAAGCACCCCAAAGUGGUCACUGUCCUCCGACUCGAUGCCACAGACCCCCGCAGUGUGAAGGAAGCCUCCAAUCAGGUAGGGCUGCGCCUGCAGGGGGGCGGGCUCAACCUGCUGGUGAACAACGCUGGUGUGCUGACCCACGGGACCCUGCAGACCACCAGCAGCCAGGACAUGCAGGACGCCUUCAACAGCAACGUACUGGGUCCCAUGUGCGUCACCAAGGAGUUCCUGCCCUACCUGCGCACGGCGGCCCAGGCCAGCGGCCAGCCCGGCAUGUCCUGCAGGAAGGCGGCCGUCAUCAACAUCUCCACGCUGCUGGCCUCCAUGGCUUCCGUCUCCCAGGCCUACGCCUUCUUCCCCGCCUUCUCCUACCGCGUCAGUAAGGCAGGGUUGAACAUGCUGAAUCAGUGUGCUGUGGAGGAGUUCAGGAAGGAUGAGAUCCUGUUUGCUGUUCUGCACCCCGGCUGGGUUCGUACCCAGCUGGGGGGGAAGGAGGCGGACAUCGACGCUGCGGAGAGUGUUCGGGGAAUGCUGCGUGUGAUGGAGUCUCUCACAGAGAAGCAGAAUGGAGCCUUCCUGGACUACCAGGGCAAGUCCCUUCCCUGGUGACCCUGGAAGCAGGAGGGGUCCUCACAGCGAUUCCCUGGUGACCCUGGAAGCAGGAGGGGUCCUCACAGCGAUUCCCUGGUGACCCUGGAAGCAGGAGGGGUCCUCACAGCGAAGGCAUUUUCUGUCCCUGACACAAAUAAACAUGUGCUGAAAA